UCAUCUUUGCAAGAUCUAAUGGACAGUGAAAAAAGACAUGAGCUUCAUGUUUUCUUCUUCCCAUUCAUGGCUCAAGGCCAUAUCAUCCCCCUCAUAGACAUGGCCAAACUAUUUGCUUCGCGAGGCCUGAAGGCUGGAUUACCAGAAGGAUGUGAGCAAUUGGACUUGGUUACAUCACCUGAAAUGGGGAUAAAUUUCUUCAAGGCCACCACAAUGCUUGUUCAAUCACUCGAAGAGCUGUUGAAAGAGUAUCGUCCCAAUUGUCUAGUUGCGGAUACUUUCUUUCCAUGGUCAACUGGAGUUGCAUCCAAGUUAGGAAUUCCUAGAAUUGUUUUCUCUGGAACUUGUUUCUUCUCUUCAUGUGCUUCACAGUGUAUGAGAUUGUAUCAGCCUUACAAAAAGGUAUCAUCUGAUACAGAUCCUUUCAUCAUCCCCAAUUUUCCAGGCCAGAUCAAGUUGACAAGAAAGCAACUACCAGACUUUGUGAAAGAAGAAACUAGCUUCGCCGAAUUCUAUGAGCAAGUGAAAGAAGCAGAGCUUAAAAGUUUUGGGGUUCUUGUCAACAGCUUCUAUGAGCUCGAGCCCACUUAUGCUUAUCAUUUCAGGAAAGUCUUGGGAGCAAAGGCAUGGCAUAUUGGCCCAAUUUUCCUAUGCAACAGUAACAUUGAAGAUAAGGCAAAGAGAGGAAAAGAAGCUUCAAUAGAUGAAAAUCAGUGUUUGAAGUGGCUCAAUUCAAAGAAACACAACUCGGUUGUUUAUGUAUGCUUUGGAAGUAUUGCGAAAUUUCCUGCUUCACAACUUCUUGAGAUUGCAAUGGCUCUUGAAGAUUCCGGACAGCAAUUCAUCUGGGUAGUGAGGAAAAACAAGAAUGAUGUGCGGGAUAACGAAGUGUGGUUGCCUGAAGGAUUUGAGGAGAGAAUUGAAGGCAAGGGACUAAUCAUACGAGGGUGGGCACCGCAAGUAUUGAUUCUUGAACACGAAGCAGUAGGAGGGUUUGUGACUCACUGUGGAUGGAACUCUACACUUGAAGCAAUUUCUGCAGGAGUUCCAAUGGUAACAUGGCCAGUAUCUGCAGAGCAGUUUUAUAACGAAAAGUUGGUGACACAGGUUCUGGGAAUUGGGGUUGCCGUGGGUGCACAACAGUGGGCAAGAGUAGUAGAUGAUAGUGUGAAGAAAGAGGCCAUAAAGAAGGCAGUGACACAUCUUAUGGCCAGUGAAGAAGCAGAGGAAAUGAGAUUCAGAGCAAAAAAGCUUGGAGAAAUGGCAAGGAAAGCCAUUGAAGUAAAUGGAUCAUCUCAUUCUGAUUUUAAUUCCUUGAUUGAGGAAUUGAGGGUAAGUGAAUGUAGAAUGUUAUUAUUCCCAAUUUGAUUUGUUUUCACUUCCUUUCAGCGUGUUCUGAAUAAGGGAUUUUUUUUUUUUCAAUAAAAUUAUUGGAAAGCGAUUACCAUGAAGAUAGGUCCUGCUCGGUAUGGUAUGUUUACUGACGUUGUCAAGCAAGCGAUAGGCGAUCCAUACU